AAUGAAAAUGUAAAAAAAAAAAAACAUUGUCUCUCGGAUGAUGAUUUCUCAUUCGUUUCCUCUACUCAAAGGAUUGGGCUAUUACUGGGCUUUUAUUUUGCUUUCUAGGGGUAAGACUAAUCCGGUUAGUAUGUGAUAUGAUGAGAUUGUUCCAAAUAUUAAUUAAGGAAUAAAAAAUAAUGAAAGAUCAUAUACAGUUUUCAAAAGAAAGAGAAAGACAAUGUUAAAUUAUAUUGAUAAAUAUGAAUACAAAUAGAAAAAUAAGAGGAAUAUUUUGAUUGUGGACCUAAACAUUAUCAUUAAAACAUAGAAAAAUAUACCAGCCUAUUAUGUCACAAAAAAUCAUUUGUAUUAUUCAUUUAAAAUUGGUAGAUUACCUUCCUUUUUGACUAUGGAAAUGCACUAUAUAAAGAAAAUCAAAAAGCUAAAAAGAAGUAAGUGAGAAACAAAAAAUAAAGAAGAGAAAAUGAAAAUGUUGAAGAGAGAUUUGAUGUUACUAAUAACCCUAAUCUAUUUCUUGUUGACAUCAUCAAUGGCUCGUAAAGAUUUUUCUCUGUUUGGAGUCGAGAGAGACGUAGUCCCAGCCGGAACCGAUCUAAAAGAGAACAAGGCGCAACCUCAUCUUCCUUUGUUUCGAAUUAUGAGAACAGUUCCGUCCGGUCCCAAUCCAUUACAUGAAAUUUCUCCUCCUCAGCCCAAUAUUCCAAACUAUGCUAGGAACUGAAAUUUUUUAAAACAUCAACCAUUGUUCUACUAAUGUCUAUUAAUUUUCUCCUUCUUUUACUUAAUAAAAAUUGAUGAUUAAAAUUAUAUAAUUUUUGCUGGUAUGGUUGAUAAUUAUCCGAAUUGUGGAACAUUUAUAUAUAAAUCGUCUUUUGUGGCUA